AGUUGAACGUGUCGAGAGCGCUGUUUUGUACGCAAUUUUUUAAAACAAAAGACAGGAAAAAGCGUGCGGUGAAUUGAAUGAAAAGUGUUUUUAUCAAUCGGUGUUUUCAAGAACUUUGGGUAUUCGGAAAACAGAUUUAGAGAGUUUUUAGUUGCUAAGGGAAAAAUUCGAUAAUCUGAAUAUUUGAACGCACCCUUCGCACCAAUUUUGCGUUUAGCUCUCACCGAAACGUUUGAUUUAAUCAAUUAAAUGCGAAUCGGUUAGCAGUGCCAAAAACAUCAACUUUUUAUUCCGUUGUCUGCAUACGUUCAUAUGUACAUAUUAUUUGUACUUAUAUUUUUUGUGCGUGUGUGUGUGUUGUAACAGUUGUUUAUUCUGAGCGCCGACAGCACCACACUUUCUGGUCAACUUGUGCCGUUGUUUGGUGGUAUUGUUGUCCAUAGCCAAACGCGUACUUCCCCCCCAGAGUUUGGGGUGCUACGAAGAAAGGCGAAACUCACGCAGAGUGAAACUCCAGCGAAGUCCCUCAGCUCUCCAGAAACUAUCCCUGUCAAACCAGCUACAGAAACACUCCAACAAAGGUGCUUCCAAUGUGUUGUGCAAUAUCAUACAAUCAGUAAUAAAAAGUCAUUCAGCAUUGACAUUAAAGCGCUCGACGCGAAAUUAUAAUUCAGAGACAGUGCCGUAUUUGACACGCGCCGCACAAAUAUUCGUUCCACUGUGCAGAGGGAAACAGAGGGAAAAAUUUAUAAAACAACGGCAAACAGAAUCAUUGACGCAAGAGGAACGACAAAAAAAGCAUAGAAGAAGGGGAGAGAGCGCGCUUAUUUGGUUUAUUUAAAGACUCACCUGCACCGCGGCACCGCCCCGCACUUCAACAACAAGUACACCAAAAAUAAUCAUUCAACCUUCCAAUGUAAACGGCAUAAAUGACGAAAGAUCACAAUUAAAAUAAAAUGGUUGUAAUCUAAACACACGACUCCAGAAGAGCUUUCACUAUCAAUUCAACUUAAAAAAGUACUCAGCAUCAAUCAGCAUUGGCAGCUAAUCGAGAGCCAUAAACCAUAAAUCAUCAUCACGCCUAAACGCAGCAGAAAAAGUAGCGAUUGAGUUACAUAAUAUUUAAGUUUUGUUCAGCAUACGACAUCCAGCACAGAACUGAAAGAAACGCCGUCGAUAUGUUCGCCCGUCCGCCCCCGCACUGUGCGCCGCGCACUUGACACGCGUUAAACCCCCCACGUGGCCUCACCAGAGGAGUGUGGAGUGGAGUGGAGUGCAGAGCAGAGCAGAGCAGAGCAGGAGAGGCAACGUGCACCCACCUGCCACAGGAGCAGCAGCAGCUGCAGAAGCAGAAGCAGAACCCAGGCAUCAUUCAUAGGCGUUCCCCUUAGUUUUCUUAUUUUGUUUUGUUUUGCUGUUGCAAAGUUCCUUUUUAUUGGCAUCGAAAAGUGUUGUUUGGUUUCCCCCGCAUGAAGGUGCCAAGGCAUAAACUGUUCACUGGCAACCACAACUGCCACAAGAGCAACAGCAACAUCAUCAGCAGCAGCAACAGCAACAGCAUCGGUAGCAAGCAGCCACAGUUGCCAUCAGUUAUUGUUCAAUAUAUUCUCCGUUGGCCAGUGAUAAGCCCCCUAACGUUCUUAAUGAAUGACAUUCGGUUCAAGUCAUUUUAUCGUGCCAGCAAAACGACAUCCGCCGCAGGAGCUGCAACAGGAGCUGCCGCAUCAAAAUCGUGCGACAAGAGCCAGAACAACAAUCCUCGUACUUACAACAACAGCAGCAAAUCGAACAAAGUGUUUCUCCACUAUAUACCACGCGAUCCGCGCCUAAGAAUCCUCCAGCGAACCGCCGCCCUCAAUAAACCCUUAAAACAUAGUCGCUACACCCUCAGCGAACUGAAUAUAACUGAAGAUCUGUGCAAUUAUGGUGAAUUAAUUGGCGGCAAUAAUACUCGUACUCGUAUUCGCAGUGUGUAAACACAAAUAAAUAGUGACAGUGGAAAACAGUGCUGGAAAUACUAAAGUGCAACGUUCGAUCACAGUUUUGGUACGCUUCUAGGUUCUCCUGUUGCCCCAGGGUCGGAUCAGUGUGCAUGUGGCUUUUGCAGGAUAAAAGCACACUGCACUGCAAGAAAACUGGAA